AAAUCCUUUACGUUUUGCACAAAUCCACAUCAUGGUCAAAUGCGAUCACUCACCACCCCACUACUCCACUACCACCACCUACCUAACCAAAAGCUACAAGCCUUGAGAGAAUCCAAACGCAAAUGCCAUGUCUGCGUUCCCGGCUUUGCUUGCGAAUGGGGCGAAAUGAGCUGGGGGGCGCAGCGCAGCCGCAACGCGGUGCAAGUGCAACCAGAGGCAGGCGGCCAUGUCAUGUCACCAUGGACGUGUGACUUCCAAGGCAAUCCUCCUCCCACUCCUCAUCAGUCCUCCCCCGCCAACAACAACAUCUGAAAGCGUCUACUACUAGCGCAAGCGAGGUUGACAUGUCUUCUCGCCCUCUGUCCCUGCCCCGCCGCACGGCUCGGUGACGGUGAGGCACACAGCACAGCAAGCGAGGAGGUUGACGACAACGAGAGCCCCGGAACGCUGACGCGCACCAACCCGGGGGAGGAGACGCCGCGCUCUUUCACCCUCGCGCACCUAACUGACAAGCCGACGCCUGGCCUGACCGCGAGGAGAGAGGUUCAUGGUGCAGUGGAGCAGCGGGCGGCAGCGGAGCCUCGACCCCUCCUCCUCCUCCUCCCCCGCGAGACGGGCGCCGAGAGAUGGCCAAGGUGCCCGAUCUCGGCUCCGACUUCGCCCAGAAGCUGCUCAGGGACCUCCGCCGCCGCCGGGAGCGGCUCGGCUUCGACUCCACCGCCGCCGCGCCUCGGGCUCGGGAUGCUUAUUCGAAUGCUCAGAAACCACCUCAAGUUCAGAAGCCACAACAACAAGCAGCUCCUCGGCCUCGGGUGGCGACAAGAUCAGAAGCACAAACGAGCGUAAUACACCGACAAGGCAGCAGCAGCAGCUCCAUUGCCAGACCAGGGACGCCGCGCCGCCAUGACGCGCCGGCCAUCGCCGAUUCGCACGCCACCGUGCCGUUACAAGGAGGACGAGGAGGCAAGCAGACGGCGCCCGCGGCGAACGCCGGCGGCGUGGACGUGCAGAUGGCGCUGGCCCUCGCGCUCAGCAACAGCGGCAAGCUCCAGAACGUGCAUCUCGUGGCGCGCCAGGGCGGCAGCGGCGGCUCCGCGUUCUUCGGCGAGCCGUGCAGGAUGGCGUCGCAGGCGCGGCGCCUCCUGGCUCCUGGCGCGCACGUCGGCAAGGUGGCGAUCGGCGUCCAGAAUCUCAACGACAUUCUCGUGGCGUACUCCUCCGGCGGUGCUGCCGGCGCGAGGAGGGGCUCGGUUGAGAUCGGGAAGCAGCUGCUCAGAGGUGCCAUGGACCUCGAGGAGUCGCUCAACAUGCUCAUGAUGCUCCAGGACGCUACAGACUACAUGGAAAUGGGGAGCUCAGGGAACGACGGCAAGGUGCUGCUGCUGGAGGGCACUGAGAGCUGGAAGAGGUCCGCGCCGCGUUCGACGAGCUCUGCCUCUGCAAGGCUGGUAGAGAUCGUCGACGAUGAUUCAGGGACCGAGCAGGCCGACGAUGCGAAGAGCUCGUCAGAUACGUUCAUGCAGAUCGUUCCUCACGGCAUGUCUCAGAGUUACAGACGGAACCACAUCUCGCCCUCGCAGCUCGCCGGUGCUGCAACCAAUUGCAAGAGCAAUGCUUCGAGUGGCGAGAAGGAUGGUUCAAAGGUGAGGAUGCCCGGUCUGAUUGCCAAGUUGAUGGGGCUGGAAAACCUUCCGUCAGCGAAGACGGCUGCAGAGCGCAAGGAGACAGAGAGGUUUGUGAAACCUGAGGCGGUGCCAAGAAAAUCAACGGCGGCAACUGUGAUGGCUGGCACAUUACCGAUACGAAUUAUAGCUUCGGAACGGAUGCCAUCCAGAGGGCAGCUCAAGAAUUUUCAGACAAGAGAGUGGAAUAUUAGCCUGACAAAGUCUGAAGAACCUGUACUGUCAAGUAGAUUUUCACAUCUCAAAGUUGACAAGCAAACAAGGCAGACCAUGAGGCAGAUGUUAAGCAAACAGGAAGGUACGGAGAGAAGAGCUAGUGUAAACCAAGUAGCUGAUGAGAAAAUCGUUCAUCAGGAUACGAAGCUGGCUGAAGACAGCAACCAGCAAAAGACAACAGUCAGUGCAGGAAGAAAGAUGAGUUUCCUUCAGAGGUUUAGGAAGACUGGAAAGAACAAACCAGCCACAGAAGAGAAAGUCACUGUUGAAGAAAAUAAACAGAAGCUCGGGAAGAAGCAAACCACAAGCACAAAACAGAGAGACAGUGAGGUGAAGCCGAGGAAGACGAGAGAGAAGUUUAACAAGGAGAACCUUGCCAAUCCUGGAAACAAGACUCUAGGAAAUAAUGGCAAAACUGCCAAGACUGAUCAAACGAGAAGGCAAGCACAAAGUAAACCUUCAGAUAAGCAAGUCAUGGAAAAGAAGGUGCAGAGUUACCGUCGAAUGCAGAGUGAAACAGCCAUUCAGAACCUAGAACAGAAGAGGCCACUGAAACCAGAACCAGCGCAUUCGAACACGAAGGAGAAGCUUCAGUCUGUUACACCGACAGAACCACAGAAUGGAGAAGGCACAAAAGUAGAUGAUACCAGAAGCCAGAAACCAUCAGACAACACGCCCGGUGAUGAUGGUGUAUGCGAACAAUCUGCAGCGGAGAUGGAAGAUAGCGGCACAAAAGCUUUGCCGUACCAAUCGGAAAAGGAAUUGACUGAAGAAACCAUUGAUCCGAUCACCGCAGCACAGGCUACACCUGAAUCAAUUGCUGAGACAAAUGAUGACAGCACAGUCAGUGAGGCUAUACAGACACCGGAAACAUUUCCUGAGGAAGAACAGCAGCAACAAAUGAAAGAAGUGAACGAUGAAUCAACGAAUGGACUGGAUCAUCUCAUGAACCCCAGUAACCCGAAUGAUUUGAGAAACCACAAUAUGGAUGUUGUCUCAUGCGAUUCCUUCACAGAGAACCAGCUCCUGCUUGCAGAGAUGUUGCUGAAGGAUCCCUACCUACUCGAAACCACGAAGGCGAUCACCGGGUUCCACGUCCCAGCCAGCGCAGCUCAGGUUAACACGGGGAAAUGGCUAGACGAAGGCAACAGGGUUCUUUCAGACAUCGGGCGCGAAGUGAUCAGAAGGAAAGGCAAGCGAAUGGAGGCGAUGGUGGAUGUCAGCGCGACACGUGCCGCUAACCUGAAGCUGCGGACUCUGGACGAUCUGGUCAGGGAACUGGACAGCGACAUCCAGUCUCUCCACGUCCCGAGGAAAAUUCAGCAACGGGGGGAUGACCACAGCACAGCUGAGAACCUGAGGAUGGUCCUCCGCUACGACAUGGAGAGCACGCACUCGGACGCUAACUCGGUGUGGGACUUUGGUUGGAACCGCGCGUGGGACCUGCCGGUCGAGAAGAACGAAGUCGUCAGGGAUUUGGAGAAGAACAUAUUGGGUGGUAUCAUCACUGAUGUAGCAAGGGAGCUUAUCGAUGUAUCCAUGCGCCAGCGCCAUGGCCCAUGGGUGCUGUGCCUGUGAGUCUUGAUCUUGACUGACUUGGAUAUAUAUAUGUGGGUAUUUUCAAUCUGGGUAUGUACGAAGGUUUUCCAGUAGAAACAUUCAUAUGAUUUUUGUGUGUAUAUAUAAAAGGAGGAACGUGUGCAUAAAAGAAAGGGCAAAUCUUCUGAGUUUA